GAGAGGGGGAGAGUUGUUGGGGAUUAGCUCGUGCUGCAGGUUGAACGGGAUCACGCGCGCUCCGCUGUGGACGUCUCCUGCACGUGCGCCUCCCCGUCAGUCCUGUCAGACCCGUCACUCAUUCACUCACUCAUUCACUCACUCACUCACUCACUCACACGCACGCCCGCCCUCUCCGUGGGGUCAUGGCCGCCAUCCCCCCGCUCGUGAGGGUCGGCAUCUCUUUGAAGAUGCUUCCCAACAACGCGGCGGUGCACUUCAAAGCGGACGGCGCGCGCUUCGGGCAGACGCGAACCAUCAAGCUGCUGACCGGCUCCAAGUACCGGGUCGAGGUGGUCGUUAAACCGGGAGCCGUCGAGGCCACGUCGAUGAGCGUGGGGGCGGUGACCUUCCCCCUGGAGCUGCAGUCCAAAGACCCCCAGGCGGUGGUCUACGGGGGCCAGUACGACACCGAGGGGGUCGCCCACACCAAGAGCGGAGAGCGGCAGCCGGUUCAGAUCAACAUCCAGUUCGCGGAGGCGGGGCUCUUUGAGGCGGUGUGGCAGGUGAAGUACUACAACUACAACAAGCGGGACCACUGCCAGUGGGGCAACAGCUUCAACAGCAUCGAGUACGAGUGCAAACCCAACGACACGCGCACGCUCAUGUGGGUCAACAAGGAGGCGUUCGUGUGACCGCGCGGUCGUCAUGGAAACGUGGCCACGAGGAGGCAGAUCGGACGCGUCUUUCCAUCGUUGAGCCACAUCAGAAAACCUCCUUGAAGAAGAAGAGAAGAUGAAAUGCCACUUUGGAUCCUCGGCCAUGUUCACAGAGCUUCAGUCUGUUUAUGGUGCUGAAGGCGCUGAUGAUUACGACCAUGAAGAUUCCUCAGGUGAUUACCAACAUUAAAGAUGAAUAUUUAUUGUGUUCUGAAAUAUUAUGUUUAACUAUGCACGUGAGGCAGUAUGUAACGGACACUUUAGGAGAAAUCUACAGAUAAAAGUAGUUAAACAAAUCUAAAAUGAUUCGCCUUAAAAUGAGAAAUGUGGAAUUUGCGUUCAAAGACCCACGUGUUAAAUGUUGUUUUUAGAUGGUGUCGUCAUGUGAUAAUAAGCGUGAGGUGUAGACUUGUGCUCGUGUGCGUGUUACUAAUUCAGCCUCAUUCUGAACCGUGACGUCGUGUUAAAAACGUGCACCAUCUUUUUAAAAAGUGUGCAGCAACGUGGCCAAAACUCUACACGUUGUUCAUGAAGAAAAUGGGAAUUUUCGGUAACAAAUGCAGUACGUAUGUUGUAAUGGUGAAAAUAUGAUAUAACAUUGUCUUGUGCUAAACCCGUGUCUCUUGUCUGUAUCGGACCCCGACGUACAAAGAGCAGCAUGAUACACGACCUUUAAUUGGCCGCGGUGUCCUGAGAAGGGACGGCGGCCAACUGGCUCGAACAAAGGAACCGUGUGUGUUCCUCUUAUCUCAACGUGCUUCUCGUACCCGCCACUGACGGCCUUCACAGACGCCGUCUCCUCAGAGCACUGUGAUACGUGACGGGGUGUUUGGCCUCCUGCUUGCAAGCAAUAAAUAGACCUUUUACAGUUUGGAUCAUUCAUCAAGACUCUUUUUUUAUUAGAUAAACAUUAAAUGAAAUCAUUCUCUUCUCCCGAACUAGUUCAUUGAAAUAUUCCACAACAACGUACAAUACCGUUUGAAUGCUGUAUUACUUUUAUAUUUUGGGGUUUUGUGUUCGGGUGAAGUCGUGCUCCUCAUUUCCUCUCUCUACCUCUUCCUCUAAGGACCAAUAGGAAUCCUGAAUAAGAUAUUCAAUAUUCUUGAAAUCGUUUUGGUAACCUACGGUGUUUUAAUGAAGUAGUAUUUUUGUACAGUGGACCACUUGAAAUGUUUACAUAUUAACGUGCGUAGCAACAAUCUGUGGCAUAUAAUAUAUUAUAUGUGGCAUAUCAUAAUUGACGUAGGCAAUAAAAUGUGAUUCUGACAGUGUUUGUUUGUUCAUGUUAUUAAAAGUAAAAGUGGAAAAUA